CAAUCCUUUCACAGCCAAUGCGUGCAUCCCAGGUUCAAUUCUGGCCUGAGUCCCUGAAUUUACCUCCUUGUGGUGGGGUGGGGCCGCCAUCACGGGGCGUGGGAUUAGUUACGACUGGUGCGAACCGUAAAAACGGACGUUGACGGGCUGGAUACCCGGCAAAAUUCAAAAAAAAAAAAAAGUACAACUAUAAAUUACUGCGCACAACAUGCCCUCGCAGUCGCUUCUCCUCUGCCUUGGCUGCAUAUGGUAUAUACACCGUCUCACUGUCCCAAUCGUUUAUUGCCUCGACCGUUCCAAUCAUCGUUCUCGGCAGGCCUUCUAAACCUCAAGCGGGAUGGAAGGAAAAGGUUGUUUGGAUAACUUCAUAGUUGGGACUGUGCCAACUGUGCUUUACAUUCCCAACUUUGUCACGGAUAGCGAACAAGCCCAACUCCUCAACAAUAUUUAUCAAGCUCCUACUUCUAAGUGGAAAUCUUUGAUGAAUAGGAGACUACAGAGUUGGGGGGGUGUUGUCCAUGCAAAGGGUCUUCUAUCACAAGAUUUGCCCCCUUGGAUUACAAAGAUUACUCAAAGAAUAUAUGAAGAGUCUGGGCUGUUCCCUGCAGCAAUUAAUCACGUGCUUGUCAAUGAAUACCUUCCUAACCAAGGCAUAAUGCCACAUCAGGAUGGACCUGCAUAUUUUCCAGUAGCAGCGAUUAUAUCACUUGGAUCACCGGUUGUUAUGGAUUUCACUCCCCAUUCAAGAUUUAGAUUACGUAUGCAUGAAUCGGAAAACAGUGUUGAACCUGAAAAUUCUGAUGGAAGGUCUUCUGGGAUUGAUAAAUGGUUGAACUUUCACCAUCCUUUUUCUGUUUUAUUGAUGCCUCGCAGUUUAAUGAUAUUCAAGGACGAGGCAUACUCAGACUACUUACAUGGCAUAAAAGAUAGUGAUGUGCAGCAAUGCAAUGAGGCUGUGAACGUUUUUGAAGCUUUACAGCAUGAUAAAAUAGAACUCCCAGUGUCAAGCUCAGAGGAAGCUGCUGAUCAAAGUAGUAUUGGAGGUCUCAAGAAUAUUCAUAGAACUACCAGCAGAAUUUCAUUGACAUGUAGAUUAGUAUUGAAAGUCCACAAAAAUUUGUUCAAGUUCUAGAGAUCACCUACCUAAGAUUUUUUUUUUUUUUUUGUCGAUACAGGCUCUGCAGGAAUUUUAAGAAAUUAUUUGUCUAUUGUAUAACAGUCACAUAAGCUGCGAUUUUUGUAAGAGCUCCUGAUAUGAUCUAAUUUUGAUAAUUACUGGGCUGGGUAAGGGAACAAGGGAUAUUUCCUAUAUGUUGCGCAUGAUUGAUGGAGUUUUUGGUUUUGUUUCCCCUGAAAAUAAACACUCAUUUGUUCUUUGUUGGCCA